AUGACGAAACAUCCGAAUUCGUCAAAAGGAUACCUCAAAACAACGGAAGCAAGACAAAAGUUCAACCAUCAAUGGACAAAUUUAUCCCAUCAAUUGAACGCGGAAGGUCCACCACAACGUGAUACCGUCGGGUGGAAAAAGGUUUGGGCUGACUUCAAAGUGCAUACAAAAGCCAAGGUAAGAAGGAACAAAAUUAAUUUGUCUGGAACUGGUGGUGAUCCGCCAAAAUAUAAUGCAUUAACUCCACUACAGGAGAAGGUCGCUGAACUUUUGGACUUAGGUCAAGCGAUUGAGGGAAUGACCGGUUCAUUAAGUUUUGGAGUGGUAAAACAAAAUAACGGAAAGCCUUCACAUUUGGAUAAUGAAGUUACCAGUGAUCUCAUUGUUGAAAAUGAAGUAAGAGGUAUAGAAAAUCUGAGUGGUGAAGAAGAAAACACCCCCGCGAAUUACACCAAAAAAACGACAGAUUACAGUCUUGGAAAAACAAGUCCAAAAUCAAAUAUCCUAAUGGAACAAUUCACUUAA